AUGGCCCGACAGGCCCAGAUCGGGGCCCGCCCAUCGCCGCAGCCUCCCGAAGCAGCACCGCCACCAUGGCCUCCGGCAGGCUCCUCUGCCGCGGCCCCCUCCUCCGUGGCCACCCUCAGGCACCUCUGCCACGGCCUCCUUCGCCGCGGCCUCCCAAUGCAGCCCGUCGCCGUGACCAUCCGAAGAAGCACCGCCGCCGCGACCACCCGAAGCAGCUCCGCCACGCCUGCGCUGUUGCCCGCCCUGACCAUCACACGCCGGUGCCAGCACGCCUCCACCAUGCCACGCCUCAGGCCGCCCCGCCCCGAACAGGCUAAGCAGCGCUUCCCUCGCAUCACUGCGGAUCAGCGAGGCCCUUGCCGGAAACGGCCUCUGGACAAGGUGGACCCUGACCCUUUUGUUCAUUGGACCGACCUCAAGAUGGGUCGCACCCACACCUCGCGCCCCGAUGCUCCCUCAACUGGCCCCCAACCACAGGUUCACGAGCAUGUGGCUCCUCUGCAGGCCGAGGUUGGCCACGAGUUCCCGGAGAAGCUCAACUCCCAGGGCAAGAAGAACAAGGCCCCGGCACCAGAUGCCGGUUCAAGCCAGGCCCCUCCCGCUAAACGCUCCCGGACGGAAGUCCUUGGAGGGAAAGAAGUAGGCAAGAGGCGCUACAAAGGGAAAACGAUGCCGGUCUCUUCCGGCCCUGCGCUCAAACUUUCCCAGGGCGCUACCAGCACGAAGCCGGAGAGCUCUGAGGGAACAGCCAGGACCUCACCUCCUCCUCGUUCAAGCCCGGACACUCCUGACGCCCGCUCGUCGCCCAAGACCUCACCUGCGCCUCCGCCAGAAGCUCCUACGGCCAAGCCCACUGGGGCCGUGCCAACGCCGCCGCCAAGCCAAGGACCCUCUACGGAUAAGCCGACGCCGCCGCCGGAAGGCACCAAGCUCCACGUAUCGGAACCUUUCAAGGGGAAGGCCACGGCUUCCGGUACUUCAGCCGCCGGCUCGCAGUCCUUGGUGCUGCACGUCGGCCCCGCCGCUGCCGUGGCUGGAGAAAAAGCUACCGGCCUGCUAGGCCGGAUCACGGAGCUGAAGCGCGAGGGCCGUGAGUUAGGGCACUUGCUUGAUUACGCUGAAAAGUGGAAUCAGGCAGAUGUGUCCGCAGCUACGCACGGCCUGGGGAAGGACCGGCUUCCUGCCAUUGACCCGGCUGGCCCCCGGUGCAAUGAAGAGCACUUCAUGCGGCUUCGGCGCGCAGUGAAGGAAUUUGACAAUGUGUGGCAUGACGCCACCAACAACGUGGUGGUAACCAUCCCGGAAGCUUCCAUCGAAGCCCUCAAGACUCAGCUCGCCACACUCCAAGGUGAGAAGGAGCAGCUUAUCCGGGAGCAUCGCGAGGCUCUGGACGCCGAGAAACUCGUUUCCAGGGGGCUAAAGGACCAGCUCAUCCAACUUGGGCUCAAGCACAGCGAGGAGAUGAAGGCUGCCGGCGCUGCCGCUGAGGCUAGGCUAAACGACGCCCUGGAGGAUGCCAACAACUCCACCGCGGUGCUGCGGGCAGAGCUGGAGGAGGGAGCCAAGGCGUGGCAAGCAGCCGAGGAUCGGGCCGCCCGCCUAGAGGCAGAGCAAAAGGAGUAUGACCAACUGGUCAUUCAAACUGACGCGCUUGCCUUCCGGCUCUUUCCGGAUUCGCAGCCUCACGCGCAAAAGAAGGUGGCCGAGCGCCGGGUUCAGCAAGCAUUCAAGAACCUUGACGCGCCCUGGGGCCCUUAUGACCAUCUGGUCGCACUUUCUGCGCGGGUCGCCCACAUGCGCGCGGUGGACCGAAACCUCGCGGAUCUGCCCGACGUGGCGAUUCAUCUCUUCAAGGUGCUAUGGCCUGAAGAGGAGGUGCCGGCAAGCCUGACGCUUACCUCCAACUGCCUGAAGGGUGCCGGCCGGAGAAUCCGUGAGUGGCAGUGA